AUGGCCAAUAUCAAGCAAAUCGGAAAGAAGCAGGCUUGUGUGAUCGGUGGCAGUGGAUUUAUUGCUUCUUUGUUGAUCAAGCAGUUGCUUCAGAAGGGUUAUGCUGUUAAUACCACUGUUAGAGAUUUAGGUAGUAUCAAUAAAAUAGCUCACCUUUUGGUACUGAAAAAUCUGGGCGAAUUGAAAAUAUUUAGAGCAGAUUUGACAGUUGAAGGAGAUUUUGAAGCCCCUAUAUCAGGCUGUGAACUUGUAUUCCAAUUUGCUACACCUAUGAACUUUGGUUCUGAAGAUCCUGAGAAUGACAUGAUCAAGCCAGCAAUCAGCGGCGUAUUGAAUGUGCUGAAAACAUGUGCUCAAACGAAAGAAGUCAAACGAGUCAUCUUGACAUCUUCAACUGAUGCUGUAACUAUUAACCAACUCAAUGGAAAAGGUCAUGUUAUGGAUGAAAGCAAUUGGACUGAUGUGGAGUACUUGACCACUGCAAAGCCACAUGGAUGGGGAUAUCCUGCCUCCAAAACACUAGCAGAGAAGGCUGCAUGGAAAUUUGCUGAAGAAAAUCACAUUGAUCUCAUCACUGUGAUACCUUCCCUCACUGCUGGUCCUUCUAUCACUGCAGACAUCCCAUUCAGUGUUGUGUUGGCUGCGUCCCUAAUGAAAGGGAAUGAUUUCUACAUUAAGUCUUUGAGAGAGAUGCAAUUGCUGUCAGGUUCAAUAUCUAUCACUCAUGUUGAGGAUAUUUGCCGAGCACAUAUAUUUGUGGCAGAGAAAGAAUCAGCUUCUGGUCGAUACAUUGUCUGUGCUCACAAUACUAGUGUUCCUGAGCUUGCAAAGUUUCUUAGCGAAAGAUACCCUCGAUAUGAAAUUCCAACUGAAUUCCAUGAUAUCCCCUCCAAGGCAAAGUUAGUCAUCUCUUCAGAGAAGCUUAUCAAAGAAGGGUUCAGUUUCAAGUAUGGCAUUGAAGAAAUUAUUAACCAUAGUGUGGAGUACUUAAGGAGUGAGGGGGCCCUGCUCAACUAAACUUCGAUGUUCUUGCACUUGUUAUAGAAUUCAUGUCAUGAUAAG